CAUCCACGAUCCACCCUUCACCAUACACUCAAAUCCCCACUCUUUCUUUAAACGCCAUCCAAAAUCCUCUCCCAUUUGCUUCAACUCCAGCCAAAUUAUUAGCAAUAUUUUUCGAAAGCGGCGGCGGUGGUGCCUGGUGGUUAAUUAAUGGCGGCUCAAACCAUGCUGCUGACGUCCGGUGUGUGCGCCAGUCACGGCGUGGGUGCGAAGCGUGAAGCCGCUGCUCUGGCGCAGAGGCUCAGACCUAACGCCCCAUUGGCUCGCCUCUUUUUCGAUCCGUCGCCGUUGCCGUGCUCGCCGGCGCGUGGAUUGACGACUCUCGCGGUUUUCAAGUCCAGAACCAAAGCGACUCCAAAGAAGGUUGUGAAGCCGAAGCAGAAGGUUGAAGACGGCAUUUUCGGGACGUCCGGUGGGAUUGGUUUCACUAAGCAGAAUGAACUCUUCGUCGGUCGUGUCGCCAUGAUUGGCUUUGCUGCAUCUUUACUGGGAGAGGGGAUCACCGGAAAGGGAAUUCUAGCGCAAUUGAACCUGGAAACUGGAGUUCCGAUUUACGAGGCGGAGCCUCUUCUUCUGUUCUUCAUCUUAUUCACUCUGCUCGGAGCCAUCGGAGCCCUAGGAGACCGUGGUAAGUUCAUCGACGAUCCGGAAACGGCCGGACUUGAACGCGCCGUCAUCCCUCCCGGCAAGGGCUUCAGAUCCGCGCUAGGUCUCAAAGAAGGAGGUCCUUUGUUCGGAUUCACGAAGGCGAACGAGCUGUUCGUCGGAAGAUUGGCGCAGCUAGGGUUCGCGUUCUCGCUGAUCGGAGAAAUUAUUACAGGUAAGGGAGCGUUGGCGCAAUUGAACAUCGAAACUGGAGUGCCGAUUAAUGAGAUCGAACCGCUGGUUUUGUUGAAUGUUGUGUUCUUCUUCAUUGCUGCUUUGAAUCCUGGAACUGGUAAAUUCGUCACCGACGAGGAGGAAGAUGAAUGAACGGAUCGGAUCGACUCUGUUUUUUUUUUCUCUGUACAUGGACUUAGCAAAUCUUCGUAUUUUUCCUCUAGCUUGUGUUAUUAUUGCGUAUUUAUUUUUCAUGAACACUCUAAACAACGAAAUCAAAUGACCAAAACUUUGGCUAGUGAAGUUUUAGGAAA